UUCUACCAAACCUCGAUGUUUACGGCAUUGGUAUGCGCGUGUGCCAUAAAAGUUCUUUUGCACUAAAAGAUUCACGCUGUCGACAUGGGUUUUGCUGAUCUCUGGUAUUCGCAUCCUCGUACCUAUGGACAGGGCUCCCGAUUUUGUCGAGCCUGUUCCAACAAUCACGGUAUGAUUCGCAAGUAUGGCUUGAAUAUCUGCCGACAGUGCUUCAGAGAAUAUGCCAAGGAUAUUGGAUUCCGGAAGUUGGACUAAAUUGCACCAGCGGUAUGAUGUAAAAAUGUAGCGGCCAGCGGCUGCAUUAUAAGAACAUCGCCAACUUCAAAUUAUGUGGCUGAAUAAACAACUGAAGUAAA